AGUAUCCCACUAUAGUCAGUUUGGCAUAUGCUAAUGAGCUUCAAACUACUCCCUGACUUCAUCCUCCGCCUCAUUCUGCCCACUCAAACUCAAAGAGAUGAGAACAUAGUAGCAAGCAACAAUGUCUGUAACAAAGUGUCCUAGUGUCCUCGUGCUGUUAUUUCAUUUUUUGCAUAACCAGCUCUGUGUAUGUGGUGUGUAUUUAGUAUGCACUAUUACACUGCUGCCCUCCUACAUCUCUAUGUGUGAGAUCUAGUGAGACAAACUGGUCAGUCACAACAGAAGAAAGACAUCAACUACUUGCAUCAUAUGGCUACUCUCCAUCACUAGAAACACACAAAUGAUUAACAAACCAUCACAUCGUCUGUGGACAACAGAUUAAACAUACCUAUUGGAAGAAAAAGAAAGCACACGGAGGAGAAGAAGUGCCUUUGAGGCAACUGCUGUUGUGAUUUGGAGCUAUAUAAAUAAAAUUCAAUUGAACUGAACUGAAUUGAAGCUUAAAAUCCCUUUAAAUGACUGGAAUAUAGUGGAGAAGAAAAGAAAAAAACUGAACCAGGGUAUUUCAAAGAAAAGAUCACUUUUGGGUAUUUUUUUUAAAGUUUCAUAAGCAACAAUGGCAUCAACAGGUCUUCAGCUGAUGGGCUUGGUGCUGGCUCUGCUGGGUUGGGUUUGCGGGGCGCUGGUGUGUGCUGCUCCUCUGUGGCGUGUAUCUGCAUUCGUAGGUGGAGAGAUAGUCAUUGCCCAGGUGUUGUGGGAAGGACUGUGGAUGAACUGUCUGUCUCAGACCACAGGACAGAUCCAGUGCAAGACCUAUGACUCCACCCUGGCACUGCCUAUGUUUACCCAAGCGGCCCGGAGCCUCACAGUUCUGUCUUUACUUCUCUGUCUUCUGGCCAUCAUCCUCGGGGUGUCAGGAGCCAAGUGUACUCACUGCAUGGGAGACAAUAACCAGGACUCCAAGGCAAGACUGGGAAGGAUAGCAGGGGUGCUCUUCAUUGUGGCUGGCCUUGCCUACUUGAUACCCAUCUGUGGGACUGCCUAUGCAAUCAUCAGGGACUUCUAUGAUCCAAAUGUUGCUGCACCUUUGAAAAGAGAACUGGGACCGGCAUUGUACCUGGGUUGGGGGUCCAGCAUACUGCUCCUGGUGGGGGGAGCUCUGCUGCACAUCGGCUCUCCUCCACCAGGAGCAAGAGCUAUGCCCAUUAUCGGAAGACCAGCAAAAGACAGCCAACAAACAGUAGCAACAGGAGAGGUAAAGCAACAAGAGAAAUCCUUUGUAUGAAACCAAUGGGUAUUUGAACAGAUACAGAGGUCAUAACUUCAUUAUUUAAGUUUCUGGAAACUGCAAGGUCAUUAUCUACAAGAGGAUAUUCAGAACAUAAUAGGUUUCACAGUGUAAAAGUACUAUAAAGUACUAUAAAAGUAUAUAAAGUUAAGUUUGGUUUGUUAAAUUAUGUUUAUUUAAUAAGGUAGCAUAAUAAGGUGGAAGGCUUAUGACUUUUUUUACCCUCAAAAAUGAUGUAAAUUGCAUGACAAAUUUUUAAUGACUAAAUUGCAAAAAUAUGGCUUAUGUAGCAAAUGUGAUACAAAUUAAAACUCAUAUAUGCAGAUUAAAAUGUGAUAUAAUGGGCAUAUAUUUUGUCUAAAAGUUCAACAAACACUCCAUUAUCAAAAAAAAAAAAAAAAAGAUUUCUGGCAGUUAUUUCAUGAUUCAGGUUUUAAAGAACUAAUUAAUUCUAAUUUGGACAAGCUGCUAAGGAAAUGGAUAGAAGGGCUUUUUAAAAGAAUAGAAAGUGAAAUGAGUUGUGGGUGGAUUGCAGAUGUUUACUAAUGCAUGUGACUUACAUUUGUCAGAUUCCAAUCAGCCUCUGCUUGUGUUUGUGCGUGUGUGUGUGGGCUGUCUGUGUACAGAAGGCCAGUGUACAUAUUGUAGCUGUGUGAGCUGGUGUUUGCACUGAAAAUAUGUGUGGGCAGUUGGAGCAAUGCCAUUUACUUUUAACACACAAAAAAAAUUGUUAAAUUUCCUUUUAGUCUGCUAUUACCAGAUAUACAUUUUAUACACUUGGGACUUUUUCCACUAGUAAUAAUUAUUGAUCUAAAUGCUAUUUCCAGUAAACACAGUUUUUCUAUUUUAGUAUAAUAAAACAAAUACAUUUUUACUUGUGUUUUUUCUGAUUGUGUUUUAAUACUGCAGUUUUUUCUGUCAAGUCAGCAAAUGCAAUGAAUAUAAUACAAUAUACUUUACUAAGAAUUUUUUAUUCCUAUUGUUUUUAAUUAAUUAUUUUAUUUGGAUUGUAAUGACCUAUGCACAACAAUAAAUGUGUUUGCCAUCACAA